GGGGGUGGCGUUACAAGGCUGCUCGCUGCCAAGCCUUUCCUUCAAGAUUCCAUUGGACUUUUGGACUUUUUCUUCUUGGCCCGCUGACAAGGCUGAAUACAAUUUCCGUAUCGUUUUUUCGACCCCCGUUGAAUUUGAUUUCACAUUCAUUACCGAUUUUCAUCUCACCAACCUCAAAUCUCAAAAUUUGAGAAAUUUUUCACUCCACCAAUAUGGCAUUCAGAGGUCGCGGCGGUGACCGUGGAGGAGGAGGUGGAGGUCGUGGAAGAGGUGGCGGAGGAGGUUUCAGAGGCAGAGGAGGUUCCAGAGGAGGAGGUUCUAGAGGAGGAGGUUCCAGGGGAGGAGGCUCUAGGGGAGGAGGCUCCAGGGGAGGCGCUAGAGGUGCUUCGAGAGGCCGGGGUAGGGGAAGUUCAAGGGGUGGUGCCAGAGGAGGUGUCGGCCCUCGCCCAUUCAAGUUCAACGACGCACGACUUGCCGACAAGGACGAAGAGGGAGAUGAGGAGGAGGACAUUUCUGAAGAUGAGUCCAACGUUUCCGAGGAGGAGAUUGAGGAGUCAGAAGAGGAGGAAGAGGAGGAGGAGGACGCUCAAUCUGGUCAGCCAUAUAUGAGUCUCCUGAAGAGCUUCCAGAGUGCAACCAAGUCAAAGAAGAGAAAGUUGGAUCACCCAGAGGAGGAAGGGCCAAACAAGGCCACCAAGACGGAAGACGACGAUGACAGCGCCGGCGAAGACGACGAAAAAGUGAAGGAAGACGUGGAUGCGGUUGAUGAGCCAGAGGAAGAUCCCCAGGAUGCACCACUAGAGGACUUGUUCGACGAAGAUGACGACCUCGACAACUCAGACCCAUUCGAAACGCACUUUGCGGCCCCAGACGAGGCGACAUUCCAGGCGAGGAUAAAGGCUAUUCAGGCGAACAAGUGGAGGACCAACAGGAUAGCACAGAACUCCAACAGGAUAUACUACAACACCCCCGAGACAGGCGACUCAACUGAGCGGAAACUUCCCCAUUCCAUUUCUGGAGUUGCCGACCUCAAGCUCAAGCAACGACUUGCCGAAUCGAUGGCUAAGCACACCGAGUUCGACGAGGCCGAGAAGGCAGUAGCCCCUCUCCUCUUCAACUACCAAGACAUGCUUUACUGCAACCGGACAGUGGCAUCGUCUGACAGCAUAAGGCGGAUGGCGUGUCUUCACGCGCUCAACCAUGUCUUCAAGACUCGUGACCGUGUGAUCAAGAACAACACCAAGCUGCAAAGAGACGACAGCCUUGAGCUCAGAGACCAGGGCUUCGUCCGCCCCAAGGUCUUGAUGAUCCUGCCUACCCGACAGUCGUGCGUCAAGAUGGUCGAAAUGAUCUGCAAGGUCGCCGCUCCUGAGCAACAAGAACACCGCAAGCGUUUCGACGAUGGCUACGUCGACAAGUCCACCAAGUUCUCCGACGACAAGCCCGAAGACUUCCGUGACCUCUUCUCCGGCAGCGACGACGACAUGUUCCGUCUCGGUAUGAAGUUCACUCGCAAGACCAUCAAAUACUUCUCGCAGUUCUACAACUCGGACAUCAUCUUCGCCUCCCCUCUCGGUCUGCGCAUGGCCAUCGGCUCCGAGGAAGAGAAGAAGAAGCUCGACUACGACUUCCUCUCGUCCAUCGAGCUCGUCAUCGUCGACCAGGCCGACGCCCUGCUCAUGCAGAACUGGGAGCACGUCGAGUUCAUCUUCGAGCACCUCAACCUCCAACCCCGCGACGCCCACGGCUGCGACUUCUCCCGCGUGCGGCCCUGGUACCUCGACGACCAAGCCAAGUACUUCCGUCAAACCGUCAUCUUCAGCGCCUUCAACACGCCCGAGCUCGCCGAGCUGCAGCGUCUCCACUGCCACAACUGGGCCGGCAAGGCCCGGCUGCAAGCCGAGUACCCCGGCGUGAUCCAGUACCUGGGCGUCAAGACGCGCCAGACCUUCAGCCGGUUCGACGCGGCCUCCAUCGCCGCCGACCCGGACGCCCGCUUCGCCUACUUCACCAAGGCCAUCGUGCCGACGCUGGUCAAGCGGGCCGCCAAGGACGCGGCGGGCACGCUCAUCUUCAUCCCGUCGUACCUCGACUUUGUGCGCGUGCGCAACUACUUUGCCAACAACCCGGCCGUCGAGAGCGUCACGUUCGGCAACAUCUCCGAGUACGCCGACACGCCCGAGGCGUCGCGCGCGCGCUCGCAUUUCCUGACGGGCCGCCACCGCGUGCUGCUGUACACGGAGCGCGCCCACCACUUUAGGCGGUACGCGAUCAAGGGCGUCAAGCGCGUCAUCUUUUAUGGCUUGCCGGAUAACCCGAUUUUUUACAGGGAGAUUGCGGGCGGGUAUCUGCAGAAGAGCGAGCAGGCGCUGAUGCUGGAGCACGGGCAGGGACAUGUCAAGGUCAUGUUUAGCAAGUAUGAUAUCAUGAAGCUGGAGAGGAUCGUGGGCACGAAGAGGGCGGGUAAGAUGAUUACGGAGCAGGGUGAUACUUUUGACUUUGUGUAAGAGUCGCGGUUGAAUGGUAUGUAUAAAAGGCGUCGGAUAAUAAAAAUGUCAAGGGAACUAACUACUGGGUUUGCAUGGGAUGAAAAGUUUGCUGCAUAGUUGUCGAGAUAGAAUACCUACUACUGUACAUAGUGAGCAAUAAAAACAACAUUCUGAAAG